CUCCGCAUUACACGUUUCUGUUCUCGCACCCACCUCUAGCCGCCACACAUACUGUUUUCAAUUUCAUGAUGGCUCGCCAUUUACAUGAGCUACUCAAGGAAGAUCAAGAGCCGUUCCUAUUAAACAAGUACAUUUCUGAUAGGCGGAGCCAGCUGACGAAAAGGCCUUCGCCCAGCACUACUCUGCAACUUAAGAAACCAAAACCAAUCCAUCAUCACAACUCAAGCUUCAGCCCUGAUUUCUGUAAAAAUGCUUGCUUUUUCUCCUUUCGCAACACCCCUGAUCUCUUAAGCUCGCCAUUCCUGGAAUUCGCAUCUCCGGUCAAGAGCCCAUGCAAGUCCCCUAAUGCCAUCUUCCUCCAUAUCCCUUCUCGAACGGCCGCACUCCUUCUCGAAGCUGCUCUCCGAGUUCAGAGACAUCCAUCAUCUUCUAAAUCUAAAACCCACAAUAAGACAAAUGGGUUUGGUUUAUUCAGGUCACUAGUCAAAAGACUAACGCCGCGAAGCCGAAAGAGGGAAAUACAAGAUGGGGGUGGUGACAGAAGCAAGAAAAAUGAAGAACAAAUGGUAUCUAAUGAUCAGGUGGGCUUUCCAUGUUCUUACAAUGGACGUCCUAGCAGUGCUGUAUGGUCUGAGACCAAUGAGGAUAAAUCUCUGGACAUGGAAACAUCCAGCAGCACUAGCUACUCCGAUGAAUCCCACGAUAUUGACCUUUUAUCCGAAUCCAACCAGAAACACGUUACAGAUUGUGUUUGCUGUGAUCACGACUUCUGCGAAAGCCCCUUUCGCUUUGUAUUACGGAGUAGCCCCUCUUCUGGCCACCAGACCCCGGAAUUAAUGUCGCCAAGUCGUCCCAGAGCAGAGGACAAAGAAAAGGAUGGAACGGAGAGUGUUGAGAAAUCACAAUUAAGGGAGGAAGAGGAAGAGAAGGAGCAAUGCAGCCCAGUCUCUGUUUUAGACCAACCCUUCGAGAACGAUGACGAGGGGCAUGAGAACAUCAAUGAGGACGACGGUUUUGAUUUGGAGUGCAGCUAUGCCGCUUUACAGAGAGCAAAGCAGCAACUAUUGUACAAACUUCGUAGUUUUGAGAAACUUGCAGAACUGGAUCCAAUUGAACUUGAGAAAAGAAUGUUAGAAGAAGAGGAGGAGGAAGCCGAUGAGACACCAGAAGAAAAGGACUAUAACAGGUUAGUCUUAGAAGUCAUCUGCCAAUCUAGCACCCAUGAAAGACGAGGAAUCCCGGAAGACCACAAGAGACUGAUUUCAGAUCUCAUUGUGGAGGAAGAGAGAGAACUUAAUUCCUUGGAGGAGAGGGAAACAGUGAUAAGAAGAGAGGAUGAUGGAUGGAAGAAAAAUGAAGAGCACAAGGAGGAGGUGGCAGGGGAGCUGGAGCUGGCUAUUUUGGGGCUUCUGGUGGAAGAAUUUUCAGAGGAGCUGGUGAUGCGCCUCCUCUCUUGCGUUCUGCAAUAUCAUGAUUUCGGCUUGACCUCAAUGGGAACGUCAGCUCCAAUUGGCGUCAACAAAUCGGCCAUGAGCACUCCACAGCCAAUGCCCUUUUGUUGCUCUCUCUCCUCUCACCCCAAACCCCAUUUCCACACAUUCCCUCCCACCCAACAGCCAAAGCUUGUUUGGAAUAGCCAUUGGAGCUUUUAG